AUGGAGGGGGUGUCGGUAGAGUGGGACGACGAGCAGCCAGAGGCAGCGAUUCAUGGCGUGCUAGACGUCGAUGACGUCACUCUUCCCAAGCUCGCAGACGGCCGCCAGAAGCUGCUGCUGCUCUUCUACGCGGCAUGGGACAGGUUCAGCAAGGAGAUGGUGCCCAUAUACAAGGACGUUGCCGCGUCGCUCGCCACCCACACUGAUGUGCUGCUCGCUAAGGUGGAUGGCGAUAGGUACUGGAAGCUCUCAUCCCGAUACGACGCUGCCUCCUAUCCUCAUCUGGUCUACUUCGAUCAAGAGAACAAGCUUGGAAUCAGCUAUGAGGGUGAGAGGACAGCGGAGGCGAUAGUGAGCUAUGUGCUUCACGGCGAGCGGCGUGGGCCUCGGUUGCCCGCCCUGCAAGCAGCAGUGCAGGCGUUUCGAGCGGGCAGCAGUGGGGAGCAGCGCGAGGCAGCCAUUGCACAGGCUGAAGCACUCGUGGCUGGGAUGAGCGCGGCUGACAAGGAUGUGGGUCAGCUGUAUAUCAAGGCCAUGAAGGCUGCAGUGGCAUUCGGGGAAGACUUUCUGAGCAAGGAGGCGCGUCGGCUGGAGAGCUCUUUGGAAGGAGGUGGUUUGCCGCCGUCCACCUACACCAAGUUCCGCCAGCAGAUUGACAUUGCCAAGGAUCCGACGGCUGCCGUGCCGUGUCCUUGCGACCUCCGUCCUUGUGAUGCACGCGCAUCGCGCCCGAGGGAUGGUUACACUGGUCAGCGCAGCAGGGAUCUCUUCCAAACCAGCUCCCCGAUUGCUUGUCGCGGGCUCGCCAUGGUUAAAGUAUCUGACGCCCUACACGCGCGGUUAUUUAUCGCCAUCUGCGUUCUCUGCUCGACAAUCGGAGCCAGCAGCGGCCAAUGGGUGGGCGUGUCGCUCGGCCUUGACGCGUCGUCGCAGCCCAUAGACCCAGCACGCGCCGUGUCUCUCAUAAAAGCGCGCGGAUUCUCCGCCGUGAAGCUUUUCCGCCCAGACGGGCCCACGUUCACCGCGCUAGCUGGCUCCGGAUUGGAGGUGGUGACGGCGGUGCCCAACGACCGCCUGGCGGAAUUCGCGGCGGGAAGCGCGGCGGCCCUGGCGUGGGUGGACGCGAAUAUCAUGCCGUACGCCGACAAGUGCAACAUCACCGGUAUCUCCGUGGGCAACGAGGUGAUGGGGCAGCGCGAGGGCGCGAACGAUGCGCUGCCGUCUCUCGUGCCGGCCAUGGAGUCGCUGUACUCGGCGCUGCAGGCGCGCAAGCUGCACGGGCGCGUGAAGGUGACGAGCCCGCAGGACAUGACGUUCCUCGCCGCGUCCUUCCCGCCCUCCGCGUCCGACGUGCACCCCAGCAUCCGCGACGAGAUGGCUAAGCUGCUCGCCUUCCUCAACCGCACCGGCUCGCACGCGGUGCUCAACUGCUACCCGUUCUUCGCGUACCAGUCGGCGCCGCAGCAGAUCUCGCGCGACCUCGUGUUCUUCAAGGGCGCCACCAGCGGCGGGUACAGCGACGGGGCGCUCUUCUACGCCAGCAUGCUGGACGCCAUGAUUGACGCUGCCAUCACCGCCUUUGAAAAGCUCGGCUUCCCCAACAUCCCCGUUGCUGUGGGCGAGGUGGGGUGGCCGUCAGCAGGAUCCCCCGUGGCGUCGCUAUCAGACGCAGCAGAGUUCAACGGAGCGCUCAUAGACCACCUCACGUCCGGCCAGGGCACGCCCAAGCGCCCAGGCAUGCCCAUCCGCGCAUACAUCUUUGAGAUGUUUGAUGAGGACCGGAAGGACGCUGGCCCCGGCGCAUUCGAGCAAGCAUGGGGGGUCAACUAUGCAAACGGUUCUGAAAAGUACCCACUCAACUUGAAGCCUGGUGGUGGUGUGUCCAAGUCUCCUCCUCCUUCGCCCACCCCUUCACCCACCCCUUCGCCACCACCAUCACCAGCGCCAUCCCCCUCACCCACACCGUCACCAGCACCGCCGUCUCUCUCCCCGCCCCCUCCCAGCACGUCCCCUCAGACCCCCCCACCGGAUUCCUUUGUCCCUGCGCCCUCGUGCGACACAGCAGCGGAGAGUGCAUGGAACGCCAUGACAUGGGCGUGCGGGGAGGGGCACGUGGAGUGUGGUGACUUGUUGAGUGGGACCGGCAGUGGGUGCUGGGCCGGGCAGAACAGCAGCGUGCAGGUGGCGGUGCAGGCCAGUGUGGCCAUGAAUAGGUAUUUCCAGGCCGCAGGGCAGGGCGAGGGGACGUGUGUGUUUGGAAAUUCGGGUGCUGUGGUGUCGGCUGUGCCGGCUGCUCUGGCGGGGUGUGGGCUUGAAUCUGGUAAUGGCAAGUGGUGUGUGGCCGCAUGCUUACAGUAG